UUUUGCAGAAUCAUUAUGGCGUCAGUACUAAGAGAGACAGCGGGACUGUAUGAGACUUUGAAAGCAGAAUGGAAUAAGAAAAAUCCGAACUUGAACAAAUGUGGCGACAUUUUAAGUAAACUUAAGAUCUCCCUGUUGGAGUUAAAUUUCUUGCCAACUUCAGGGACCAAGCUGACCAAACAGCAGCUUAUUUUAGCCCGUGAUGUGCUGGAGAUCGGGGCGCAGUGGAGUAUCCUCAAGAAGGAAAUCCCUUCCUUUGAGAGAUACAUGGCUCAACUCAAGUGCUAUUACUUUGAUUACAAAGAUGAGUUGCCUGAGUCGGCCUACAUGCACCAGUUGCUGGGUCUGAACCUGCUUUUCCUGCUCUCUCAGAACCGUGUGUCUGAGUUUCACACAGAGCUGGAAAGGCUGAGCGCCCGGGACAUCCAGACCAACGUCUACAUCAGGCACCCCGUCUCCCUGGAGCAGUACCUGAUGGAGGGCAGCUACAACAAGGUGUUUCUUGCUAAAGGAAACAUCCCUGCAGAGAGCUACACGUUUUUCAUAGACAUCCUGUUGGACACUAUCCGGGAUGAAAUCGCAGGCUGUAUAGAAAAGGCAUAUGAACAGAUCCAGUUCAAUGAGGCCAUGCGUGUGCUCUUCUUUUCCUCCUCCAAGAAGAUGACGGACUAUGCCAAGAAGAGGGGCUGGACUCAAAGCCCCGAUGGCUACUACUCAUUCAGCACUCAGCAGCAGCGGACAGAGGAAGCAUCCAUCCCCUCCACGGAGCUAGCACAGCAGGUCAUCGAGUACGCUCGGCAGCUGGAAAUGAUCGUGUAGUGUGCUCACACACACACACACACUCUCUCUCACACACACACACACACACACACACACACACACACACA